AUGAAUGCUCUUUUAAUGUCUAAGAGCAAACCAAAGGUACUCGAUUGGCGAUAUUAAAACAUCGUCACACCCGUUAAGUACUAGGGAUAAUGCGGGUCUUGCUAUGCUUUUACUGCAAUUGCAGCCUUAGAAAGCUUGCUUAUAUUGAAAAACAAGAAUUUGAACUAAAAUAUUGAUUUAAGUGAGUAACAAUUGCUUGAUUGCUCAUCAUGGUAUGGAAAUAGAGGAUGUAGAGGUGGAGAUGUUGGUUAGGCUUAUGAGUAUCUAAAAUCGUUCAAAAUUCAGAGAGAAUCCAGUUACCCCUAUACAGGGAUUGCUGGUACCUGUAAGUAUGACGAGUCCAAGGGAGUAACUAUUGUAGAGAACAAUGAAAAAUACUGGGUAGAUGGAGCCGAUGAAAUAAAACUCUUGGUGGUUUAGAAUCCAGUUGUAGCUGGAUUAGACGCUUCCUCUAUAUAUUUUAAGAAUUACCAUAGUGGUAUCAUUACUUCAGAUGAUUGCGGGUAAUAAAUGAAUCACUCAGUUUUGAUUAUCGGAUAUGGCAGUGAAAAAAAUGUUGAAUAUUGGAUUGUGAAAAAUUCUUAUGGUACUUAGUGGGGAGAGAGAGGAUAUGCAAGGAUUAAGAUCGGUAUUAAAGAAGGUACAUGCGGUAUCAAUAAAUAUAUAGCAUUUCCAGUGCUCAAUUGA